AUGUCGGCUGCGUACGCGCUCAUCAGCCCUGAGCUGCAACAGGUUAGCUUGCCUGACUUCCCCGUCGACAGCCUUCAAGCCGCAGCACUUAUAUUGGAGCGAAAUCCCAACAUACCGGUCCAGAAACUCAUCAACCUCUUAUAUCCUUACAAUUUGUUUCUAACAAAAGAUCACAAAAAGAACGUAGAAGCAGUACUCCACAAUCUAAAGAUUGACACUAGUCCUCAAUGGGAUAUAUUUUCCAAAGGAAUAGACUUCAAGGGAAACAAAGCCGAAGUUACUAUGGAAAUUAACGGUGUUAAGUCUCAAUUUUGGAUGCCAUGUGGCGAUCGAAAAACGGCAGUAAGGGAGAAAGGGAUAGUGAAAACGGCGUACCAGAGUCGAUUGUUGAACGAACUGAUGCUUAGCCAUAGUGUUGGUGAUUUUUGUAUUGUUGGUCCAAAAGGCUGCGGCAAAAGCCUUAUAGUCUCUCAACUUGCAGCUUUAUUUGGCUACACAAUAGAGCCUAUUGUUCUAUACCAAGAUAUGACUGCUAGAGAUCUUGUACAACAACGAACGACCCUUGACAAUGGAGACACGGUGUGGAGGAACUCCGCGUUAGUUGACGCUGCGCUAAAAGGACACAUGGCUGUAUUAGAUGGAUUACACAGAAUACAUGCAAGUACUCUGGCUGUAUUGCACAGAUUAGUACACGACAGAGAGCUUCAGUUACAUGAUGGAACAAGGUUGUUACGACACGACAGAUACGAUGAGCUGGUGAAGUCAGGAUUUACUCAGCAGCAGUUAGAGGAAAGCGGUGUGAAGAAAAUUCAUCCGGCGUUCAGAAUAGUCGCAUUAGCUGAACCUCCAGUAGUUGGCCGCGGUCAACAGUGGCUGUCUCCAGAAAUUUUGAGUCUAUUUAUAUUCCAUGAGAUGAGGAAUCUGAGCAAGAAUGAGGAGAUCUUCAUUAUCAAUACUUUGUAUGGAGACAUAUCCAAACCGCUCCAUUCAAUAAUUGAAUUAGCAGACGAAUUAAGAAGCUCAGAAGACAGCACAUUAAAGAACUUGUCAUCAUCACUCUCCACGCGCCAACUUCUCCGGAUAGCGAGCAGAAUGUCCAAAUACCCAACAGACUCGGCUUACGAGACUAUCCAAAGAACAUUUUUAGCGAAAUUCCUUCCAAAUUUAGCCAGGAGGGCUUUGAAUGGCGCUAGUCAAAAACUGAGUAUAGAACCGACAAAACGUUUUGGCAUAUUCGGGAAUGAUCCUUCAGAGACUAAAGUCAGCUGUUCGGUCCAAAAUAACAUCCUUACUAUCGGUAACACAAGUACAGAAAUCUUCAAGACUGAUGCUUUGACCAAAGUUCCAGACAUUCUAUUUUACGAUGUGCCACAGCACAUGCGAUUACUAGAAUGGUUGCUCCAAGAUUUUCUCCUUGGAAACCAUUUACUUUUAGUUGGCAACCAAGGUGUUGGGAAGAAUAAGAUCGCUGACAGGCUUUUACAACUUUUAAACCGUCCUAGGGAGUACAUUCAGUUGCACAGAGAUACUACCGUUCAAUCCUUGACUGUCCAACCUACUGUCAAAGAUGGAAUAGUUGUAUAUGAAGACUCACCUCUAGUAAAAGCCGUGAAAUAUGGUCAUGUAUUAGUAGUUGACGAAGCUGAUAAGGCACCAACGCAUGUGACGUGUAUCUUGAAAACUUUGGUUGAAAAUGGUGAAAUGAUUUUGAGUGAUGGUCGCAGAAUCGUGCCGAAGAACAUGAUAGAGAGUUCAGGGGGUGAUGUAAGCAGUUUUAUUCCUGUGCACGAUGAUUUCAGAAUGAUUGUUUUGGCGAAUAGACCAGGUUUUCCUUUCUUGGGGAAUGAUUUCUUUGCUUCAUUGGGUGAUCUGUUCUCCUGCCACGCUGUGGACAAUCCUUCAAUUGAUUCAGAAAUGGAACUACUCCGUUCUUAUGGACCUGAUGUGCCCCAGGACAUAAUGAAGAAACUAGUGCAAGCCUUUGCUAUCUUGAGAGAUAAGGCCGAUCAAGGACAGCUCACGUACCCUUAUUCUACAAGGGAAUUAGUGAAUAUUGUCAAGCAUCUGCAGAAAUACCCCACUGAAGACCUCGCAACUGCUAUUGGCAACGUAUUUGACUUCGACCGAUACAGUAAGGAUAUGGCAGAUACUUUGUUAGAAGUACUACAUUCCAGUGGGCUGCCAAUAGAGGGCGUUUUAGAGGGUCGGUCAAAAGAGGCAAUUAAGAAGAUACAGAUGACUAUUGAGAGAAAUAGUGGUAAAGACGUAUCUUCACCGAAACAUGGUAAGGAAGACCCUAAGAAUGACCCCCACGUUGGUGGUAAUACGUGGGCCGGUGGGACAGGCGGACGGGACACUGCUGGGUUGGGCGGUAAGGGUGGACCAUAUCGAUUGGACAAAGGACAUGACGUGCAUCAGCUUUCAGAGGCAGAAAAAAAUGAUGUGCCAGAACACGUGAAGGCGGCUGCUCGCGAAAUGAACAGGAAAGCUUUCGCGGAACGUCUGAAAGAGAUCAACAUGAGCGAGUAUGAUGCUAAACUGUAUGAACAGUUCUAUAGAGCAGUGCAACCGCAGAUUGGUGCCCUACGAGGUGUUUUAGCAGAAUUACAAGCAAAGAAAAAGGAGAGACAGUGGAGCCGACAUCAGACUAGUGGUGAACUAGAUGACGGAAAAAUCAUUGAAGGAAUUACCGGCGAGCGCUCUAUAUACCGCCGACGAACUGAACAAGAGCCCCCGCCAGGCGCACCGCCGGACAAGCCCAAGCGCCUUAGGCUCGUGCUAGACGUGUCUGGGAGCAUGUACAGGUUCAAUUCAUACGACGGUCGUCUAGAACGUUCUAUGGAAGCUGUAGUUCUUCUGACUGAAGCUCUGAAAGGCUACGAAGCAAGGAUCCGAUAUGAUAUGUACGCACAUUCUGGUGAGGAGCACGCGCUCGAACUCGUCAGAGUGGAUAGGCCCCCCGAAAAUGAGAAGCAGCGACUGCAGAUAAUCCGCACGAUGCACGCGCACGCGCAGUUCUGCUGGUCGGGCGACAACACGCUGCCGGCCGCGCGCCACGCGCUGGCGGCGCUCGCGGCCGAGGACUGCGACGAGGCCGUACUGCUGCUGCUCUCCGACGCUAACCUUCGCAGGUAUGGCAUCCAGCCGGAAGAAUUGGGAUCAAUUCUUACGUCAGAUCCUAGAGUACAAGCUCAUGUGAUAUUUAUUGGCAGCUUGGGUGACGAAGCUAGCACACUCCUGCGCAGGUUGCCAGCAGGCCAUGCGCACGUGUGCAUGGACGUCGCUUCUCUACCACAGAUAAUGCAGCAAAUAUUCGCUUCUUCACUAAUGCAGUCAUCCUCGUUAUGA